GCUCAGAACUCUGGAACAGAAGCGUCAGGAGGACCAUUUGAUUGAGAAUGAUCACAGCAUUUCUUUGUUUCUUCUUCCUGAGGUCCAUAGUCGCCUUUGAGCCUGUGGACCUCUGGACUGGGAGGAAUGGAACUGUGGAUCCAGGAGACCAGUGCAGUUGUGGGGCCUUCCUGUCUGGCACCAUAUUCCCUAUGGGGGAGCUGGUACAGCUGGAGCAGACAGCAGUGCAGAUCAGUCAGAAGCUGGAGCUGGAAAUCAUCAAGGUCGACAUGUAUGAAAGCAAGCUUACCAUUUACAUGGAAAAGGUUGUAAACCUUACAGUGGUGAUCAAGAUGAUGGAAGAUGAUCCUGACUCCUAUUCUGAGCUCUAUAUUCAGGAGGUGAAGAUUCAGAUCAAGCAGGUAGAAGCUCUCAUUCUGGAGCUUCAGGCCUCCAUUCAGACAUCAUCUACAGUGCUCAUCACAAUCCGCAAAGAGAUCACGGUUAUCAUUGUUGAGCUGACUAAGCUGGAGACUAAAUAUGACAAGAACCUGGUACUGGUAACACGGAGAGAGUACAUCAAGCUUCAGCAGAAACUGGACGAGUGUGAGAGACGCCACAAUGAGAUCUUCAAUCCCAACAUUGGAUCUUGCAACCAUGGUGGUAUUUCAAGACUAAGCAAACCAAUCAUUAGCCAGCUGAAUGCAAACCUGGGAACAGGUCACAUUUACGGAGGUUGGGGCAAAGAUUCACACCCACUGCCUGGUACUGAAAAUAGGUACUGGUACUCUGCUGCCACCACUACAGUGGUGAGAUAUAUGAGUGUCUAUUCAGACUACUACAAACUGAUCAUGAGACAGGCGAUGAAAACAUAUGACCUCUUAUCUCCAAAGAACUGGCAAGGGACUGGCAAUAACUACAUCAUACGUGCGAACACCUUCUACUAUCAGUAUGCCAGCCCUUUCAGCAUGGCCAAGUUCAAUAUAACCAGUCAGACAGCUGAGUACAGGGCUGUGUCGGGUGCAAGCAGCAGAUUUUCCUACCAUUAUUCUGACAAUCAGAACUUAGAUUUUGCAGCGGAUGAGAGUGGAUUAUGGGUAAUGUAUGCUACAGAGGCAUCGAAGGGUAAACUGGUGCUGGGUAAGAUAGAUGAGGCAGCGUUUGCUCUAAAGCAGGUUUGGCAGACCAGCGUUUACAAGCCAUCUGUGGGCAAUGCCUUCAUGGUUUGUGGUGUUCUUUACACUACGAGAUCUGUAGACACCAAGACAGAGGAGAUCUUCUACACCUAUGACACUCACACCCAAAAGGGACUUUAUGUCAGCAUCCCCUUUGAGAAGUUUCAGGAGAGAUACACAUACCUGGAUUACAACCCCACUGAUCAGAAGCUUUACAUGUACAACAAUGGUUAUUAUGUCAGUUAUCAUGUUUGGUUCAACCAGAACCAAUCAAAUAAACCACAGGUUCUGAUCUAAAAAUGAUCACAGCUGAAAUUGUGUGUGGAAUGUUUUUGUGGAUGUGUUUUGCUGAGGAACACUAAACACUAAAUGCUUUCUGUCACAUUUCAGUCCUGUUAAUAAAAGUCUAUGAGCAGUU